AUGACAGAAAAGUGGGAGCCAUCACCCGAAGUGCUCGAGCAGGGACUCUACGUCGCAUACGCCGCCAUCAGCACAAUGGCCGUCGUGCCCAUUUACUUUGGAUCCUUUUCAUCUCUCAAGAAGUGGAAGAACCCCAAGCAGAAGAAAAAGAGCAAGAAGGACAGCGAGGAUUCAGACGACUCCGAUGACGAAGACGACGUAACAGAGUCCAUGUCGCUCGAGGAUGCCUACAUGUUCCCCAUCUUUGGAUCGAUGACCCUUUUCGGUCUCUAUCUUGUAUUCAGAUUCGUCGAUAAGACCUAUGUCAACUACCUUCUCACCGCAUACUUUGGACUCUUGGGCGUCAUGGCCACCACCCAGGUCGGCGUCAACUGUGUUGCACCUAUUGUCAAGCUCCUUGGAAUCAAACUCGAUAGGUGGCACUUGAACCUUACCAAGAAGAAGAAGGAGCUCUACGCUGCGAAGUUCACGAUCCUUCACCUGAUCAUGAUGGUUGCCUCGGUUCUCCUCUCGGGUUACUACGUCGCAACAAAGAACUGGAUCGCCUCCAACCUUUUCGGCAUCUGCUUCGCCCUCAAUGCCAUCCAACUCCUCGCCCUCGACUCCUUCAAGACCGGUAUGAUCCUCCUCUCAGGUCUCUUCCUCUACGACAUCUUUUGGGUCUUUGGAACCGAGGUCAUGGUCUCGGUCGCCAAGAACUUUGAUGCCCCUGUCAAGGUCAUCUUCCCCCGCAUCUUCUUUGGACUCCCCGCCGGUCAGGCCUACCAGUUUGCCAUGUUGGGUUUGGGAGAUAUUGUUAUCCCUGGAGUCUUUGUCGCCCUCUGCCUCAGGUUCGAUCAACACUUGGCUGGUACCAAGAACCCUAACCUUGGUCGGUCGACUCGUUUCUCGAAGCCUUACUUCACGGCUUGCUUUAUCGCCUAUGCCCUCGGAUUGGGCACCACCAUCUAUGUCAUGCACACCUUCAAGGCAGCCCAGCCCGCUCUCUUGUACCUCUCUCCCGCUUGUAUCCUGAGCGUUCUCUUUAUGGGUCUUGUCCGUGGCGAGAUCAAGGAGGUCUUUGCUUAUACUUCGGAGGAUGGCAUUGAGGCUGCCAAGGCCAAGGAGGAAGAGGAGAAGAAGAAGCAGGAGGAGAAGAAGAAGGCUGCUGAGGAUAAGAAGGUCCCUGCUUUGGUCAAGACUGAGUCUGCUGUGAGCGAAAAGGCAUCGUCGGCCAGUGAUUCGGAGCAGGAGAAGAGCAGCACGCCCAAGCUGCGUAAGCGUAAGGGCGGCAAGGCCCAGAAGAAUAAGAAGUAG